CGAAGGACAAUAUACCUGAAGAAAACGCAAUUGGAUCUCUUGCAGCUCCGCAAUGAAACUGCGUCCUCCUGAAUACGAGGGCGGAGGUUUGACUAACAGUGCUGCUACUGUCUUUAUCUGACACUACAGGUAUUGUCGCCCGUUCCUGUGUGUUUGGUGAUGCUGCUCGACAGUAUGAGGCCAAGCGGAGCUCUAGUGACUGUGAUGCUGCUUGUGUUGGUGCAGCUCAUCUGUGUCAAACCAGUUAACGCUGAAGAAUCAGUGACUGUCAUCCCUGCAGAGAGCCGACCAUGUGUUGACUGUCAUGCCUUUGAGUUUAUGCAGAGAGCCUUGCAAGACCUGAAGAAAACAGCUUUCAACCUGGACUCACGGACGGAAAGUUUGGUACUGCGGGCUGAGAAGAGGGCUCUGUGUGACUGUAUGCCUGCCAGCAGCCUGCGCUGAAAUCCAGAUGUAAACACUGCACUCAGCCAUAGAAAUCUAUGUACCUAAUAGAUAUUACCUGCUCUUAUGCUCAUACACUCUCUCUACGUAGCAUCAUAGCAUUCAUGGACACAUGACUUCUCUUUGUACAAUUGAACAUACACAUUAUAAAUACACAUUCCUGACUAAAGAGUCAACUCAACAUUCCACGGUAAAAAAUAAAUAAAUUACAAAGCCAAUAUUGAGAAGUACAUUCAUAUUAGAGCAGCAGCUCUAAUACAAUGAAUGUUGCAUGUGUGAAGAUGGGUGAAUGUUUCCUCUCCAGGCACCAUGCACUGCUAAAUAUACAGCAAACAUUAAAUACAUCAGACUUUAUUUGCACGGUAGAAUGUAUUUUUUCACACUUUACAUUGCAUUUCUUAUGUGUUAUAGGAAUAUAUGAUUAACAGUUACACCAGAUUAAAUAUUUCUUGAAACAAUAAUUAAGCAAAUACUAAUUUAGAUAGAAGAGAAUGUGAACCUUUCUGGAAUAUCAGUUUUUAAAUGUAGCUCUUUAGGAGUUGUCUUAAGGUUUGCUUCAAGAUGAUUAGAUAACCAUGGGUGAUUAGAAAAGGCCCUGCAUUUAAAGUGAUAAUAGUGUAGCAUUUUUAUAUGGGGAGGUUUGUAAAUCCAAAAUGUAUGUGUGUCUUUAAAAAAUAUGAUUAUAGUAGUUGGUAUAAAACGAUUCUGAAAAGGAAACAAAAAAAGAUGGUUUUAUAUAUAUAUAUAUAUAUAUAUAUAUAUAUAUAUAUAUAUAUAUAUAUAUAUAUA